CGCAGCCGCCUUGCAGCUAAGGCUGUCAAUUGGUAGUGUAUAUAUACAUGUGAAUAUGUGAUGCUUAGGAUGAUAACCAGAGCAUCAAAAUGCAGAAGCCUAAAGCCCAGAUGCAACCCAGAGCUGUUGGGCAAUGGACUACUGGACUCUGGGAUUGCUUUUCUGAUUUGGGAAACUGUUUCACCACACUGUUUUGUCCAUGCGUUACAUUUGGACAGGUUGCCCAUAUUGUUCACCUAGGAAAGGCUUCUGUUUUUGCUGAGGGAAGAAAUUAUGCACUAUUAUCGUGUUGCUGCUGCUGCUACUCUUGCUUUGCCCGUUCCAAGCUGAGAUAUAUGUACAAUUUACCUCCUAGCUAUUGCGGAGACUGUCUGGUUCAUACUUGUUGCGAGCCGUGUGCUUUAUGUCAAGAGUACCGUGAGCUCCAAAAUCGCGGAUUUAACAUGGCCAUUGGAUGGGAUCUAAACAUGACCCAGGUUGGUAUUACUAUUGAUCCGCCUAUAGGUCAAAUGAUGAAUGCGAUGGAAACCAUCAACAAUAUUCAGGACGACCCUGAAGAUGAUAAUCAGGAUGAUACACAUGAUCAGUGAUCAAGAAGAUAAUCAGCUAAAUGAUAUUCAGGAACAACUGAAGUGAUCGAGAAAAUAAUCAGGGUGUAAUCGAACAAUGUAUAUGUGAUAUUAUGUGUAUUUGUUUAGAGAGAGAAAAAUCUAAAAUUAUAUUAAACUGAACUAAAUUACAAUCUGUACUAGCUGUCUAUAUAUACACAAAAGUAGUAACUAA